CCUCUCCACCAUGUCCGUCUCCGUCCACGUCGUUGAAAGCCCCGAAGAUCUCGCCGUGUGCCACAAAAUCCGUGUCGACGUAUUCGCGCAUGAACAAGGCUUCCCCCUCGACACCGAAUUUGACGACUACGACCACACGGGCGACUGCGUGCACUUCCUCGCGCGCGCCGGCGCGUCGCCCGCCGGCACCGUGCGCCUCGUGCCCUCCAAGGGCAAACUGACGCGCUUGGCGGUGCUUGCGCCGUACCGGGGCACGGGGGCCGGGCGGGCCCUCGUGCACGCCAUGGAGGCGUGGCUUGUCCUCGAGGUGCGCGCGGGGCGGAUGCGGCAUCUCGUGGUGGAGGGGCGGAGUGGGCGGGCGGUGACGGUGAAGAUACAUUCCCAGAUCCCCGUCCUCGACUUCUACGCCAAGCUCGGAUACCGCCAAGAAGGGCCACGCUUCGACGAAGAGGGCGAGCCGCACCAGCUCAUGGUCCGUGAUAUUGAUAUUUAGAGUAUAGCCGUGCGGGCCGUGCCAGAACUUCUCACACAGCAACAAGCAGAUGAGAUGCAGUCAUGGCAUAACCCUCAGAGUACACUACAAAUAGUCGCGGUGGGAGAUCAGCCCCGAAAGAUGGUUAAUUUUCGACAGCAUUGCCUAAGCUAGCCGUGUUUCCAACAAAGUUGGUCUUUGCAUCAUGAAGAAGUGC